AGUAGUCGGUGCUUGGAGGUGGAGGGUCAGGUACGUGAGGAGGAUUUACAAAUCAAUUUGAAAUUUACUGGGGACCCAGCUGAGCUUGAAGGAUGACCAGGCAGGAUGUGACAGGAUCCGGUGAAUGUGAGAACCGCGUGCAGCCGAGUGGAGCAGUCCGACGGGACAGUGCUGCAGCCUUCCGGACUGCAGCAGCCACACUGGAGCCAAGGUCACGCCCCUCCUGAGGGCGAGCCUGACGCUCUCGCAUCACGAGAACGUGGAGCACUCGCCGCACACGCAAGUAGGCCGGCUUAAUUACACGAGAAAAUCCCCGGCAUGCCUCCAGUGUAAUGGCUUCAAGUUCGAACAUGGAGCGAGCACAAGGCCAUCCCCUGCAGCAGCUGGCAGUGUGGCAAGACCGGCAGCCAUCUUGCACAGGAAACGCUGCCAGUGGCGCAGUGACGGUUUACAUAAUCUGAAUGAUGUAAUUACAUUAAUGGAUUAUCUGACAUCAGCCCAGGAUACUUUUAAUUUGCGCAAUAUGUCUGAUUGCAGAUAGCUUUCCAAAUAUUACAUUUAGGAUUAUUCAUUUUUACAAUGUACACGUGCACACAGAAACACACACACAUUGCACCGCAAGUAGCACAUAUGCAAGUGAAUGUAUAGAUUAUGGCUACAAAAUCCACAUGACAAAGAAACCAGCCUUGUAAGAAACCGAUAAACUGAUGUAUUUUGUCAACACAUUUAUUCUAGACUAUGCUUGAAUAAUGAAACUGGAAGGAAUCCAAAAGCAAUCAGAUUAGAUUGCCUGCUGAUUGGAUUGGAUUGAAGACAGCCUCAGGUAGUGUGACAGAGCCGCAGGUAAUGCGAGACCUGGACGACCUGGACGAGCAGCUUGUGCUGAGAUCGCCCGUGAGAGGUGGGCAGGUCAGCCCAGGGAGGCAGGCUGGGAACACGUUCAUUCAGCCUGCGACGGCGGCACAGGGAGGGCCAGUGGCGUUCCACAGGGAGCGGAAUUCCAGCUGCUCCUGAAGGGGAAGGUACGACACCUUUCAGAAAUGCCGCUGGGGAACAAAGUCCGCCCCAGCUCUGCCGGGGCCAAACUCGAAACGAAAAACACCUCCAGCAUCCUAGUACAGUCGGGAUCAGCUGGCAGUGCUGCGCAGAACAGGGAGAAGACCCCAGAGACGCCGACCGCGAGAGCGCCCCCUGGCGGCAGGGUUGCUUUUCUCCAAGACGAUGUCGAAGACGCCGAGGAGCGGCCCGAGUGGCUGGAGCGGGAGAUGCUCAGACAGGGGUACCGGCGGCACACCAUCGCCGCGGGAGACGGCUCUGCCUUCAGCGAUCUAUCCCUGAGAAGUGCCGGCCGCUCCCGCGGCCUCAGCAAACUAACGAUUGACCAGAAGGUGUCUCUUGAAGACCUGGAACGACUCAAACAGGCUUUUGAGGAAUCUCAGAGCGGAGGCACACGAGCUUUAGACAUGAGAAAUUUCAGGCUGAUUGUCAAGAAGUGCUUGCAAUUACACGAUAUUAAUGAUGAGCAAAUUCAGGAGUUAUUCAUGAAGAUCGAUUAUUCAGGAAAUGGCAAGAUUGCGUGGGACGAGUUCUGCACCUACAUGCAGCUGGAGUACAUGGAGAAAGAGGAGGCGGUUUCCCGCGACAAACGGGCGGCGCUGGUGCUGCCGGCGUGCAUCCGGCCCAUGUGCCACGGCGAGCCGGUCCUGGCCGUCCGCGCCACCCCCGAUGACGUCAUCGUCACCGUCCGGGAGGACGGCGCGGUCUACUACUGGAACUCCGAGCUCCAGCUGAAGAAGAGCAAGACCGUGUUUCAACAACGGCCAGUGAACAGGAAGCCGAAGUGGGCGACGGAUUUUGUCAUCAUGCCGCAGUACAACAAGCUGAUCAUCGCCACAGGCGAUCGUGAGAUCCAGUUCUACGAGCUGUCCUCCCUGGAGCCCUACUGUCAGCUGAAUGCCCUGGAGACCGUGCCUCUCAAGUUAGAUUACAGCUCUACAGGUCCGGAUGAGUGCAUGAUUCUCUAUGGAGAUGCUCAGGGCUGUGUGACCAUCAUAUUAAUUACGCUCGUUGGGGAGAUGCUGAGGUUGUGGAAGAAGUUGCCGACGGUUGAAAAUAUUCCCAACAUAGGCAUCGACAGCGCGGUCCUCACCCCAAACGUGACGUAUAUCCGAUGGAAGGUUCACGGAGACUGGGUGACUCAGGUGAAAUAUUGUGAAAGCAUGCAGGCCAUUGUCUCCAGCUCGAACCAUGAGCCCUCCGCCCUCGUCAUAGGCUGCGUACACGCAACGAUGAACAUCGAGCAGACCCUGCGGGACAUCCGGGAGUUUUGCCGGGAGGGCAAAAGCAGGAAAGUGCAGGCCGGCCUCGGGACCUCCCAGCAGAGGGCAGCCGGUGACCAGACGGUGUUCUCCGUCUACAAAGGGGUGAAGUCCUUUGACCUCUGCAAGAAGCACAACCUCCUGGUCACCGGAGGGAUGGACAGGUUCAUCCGCUUGUGGAACCCCUAUGUCCCAGGGAAACCAACGGGCUUCCUGAUUGGCCACUGUGCACCCAUCUUUUACCUCUGCAUCUCUUCAGAGGACGGCCGCAUCUUCUCGAUGUCCAUGGACAGCAUCAUCAAGAUCUGGGACAUCCAGGAUCAGUCCUGCUUGUUCACGGCUCAUCCCAAGGCCAGCCUGAUCCGGGGAGAGCUGUCCGCUUGUCUCUACUCCCCGUCCGUCAAAGCCGUUUACGUCGCCGCCGAUUCCAUGGCGCUUCUGCCUCUCAGGACAAGAGCGCAAUCCCUGGGACACACGGUCGUGUCUCACAAGGAGCCGGUGCUGUGCAGCGGCUACAGCGAAGCGUUCCGCCAGGUGGUCAGCUGCUCCGAAGGAUCCGUAGUGAAAGUUUGGGAUUUUGAUACAGGAAGACAAGUCUUUGAGUUUGGAGGCGCUCAUGGGGUCUCUGCUAUCACCUGCUUGACCUUUGACCCCAAAGGAAGGAGACUCAUAACCGGUGGCAGAGAUGGCUGUCUUAAAGUCUGGAAUUUCAAUAAUGGCCAGUGCCUAAAAAUAUUCAGAAAAGACCACGAUAGUGCAGAGAUUUGUGACUGCACGUAUUUCAAAGUGAACAGAAACAUGUAUAUUAUCUCAGUGGGCUGGAACAGAAGGAUUGACAUUUACUUUGACUCAGCUGAGGACCAUCGCCAUGUUCAGAGUCCUCAGCCCACUUGGCAGGAUGACCUGAAGUCCGGCCACAAGGAGGACAUCAUGAGCGUGGCCCAGUGCCCCCCGUCUCUCCUGGCCAGCGGCAGCUACGAUGGCGAAAUCAUACUGUGGAACCUGGUCUCGGGACACGUGCAGUGCCGUUUCGCCGCCCCCCUCCUCCCCACCCACUGCGACCACUCGGAGGACGUGGACAGGAGCGUUAUGAGCCUCGUGUUCCUGAGGAGUCGCGCUCAGGGCGUGGAGUUCGUCUCUGCCGCGUGGCUCGUGUCCUCCGGGGCCCAAGGCUACGUACAUUUCUGGAAUGUGCUAAAUGGAGGAAAAGUCCUUGCCAGCUUUGAAGCGUCCAGACUGAAAUAUCAGAUCACCAAGCUGGCUGUUACUGAGGACGAAAGCUCUCUCUACGCAUCUGAUCAAGCCGGUUUCAUAUACGUUUACGACAUCACUUCGUACGCGCUUGGUCCUGAGAAAGAAGCACCAAAAUUGAUGAACUACUGGCGAGCACACAUCAGUAGCGUGACUAGUCUGCAGAUCGUUGAGGAUGGCCUCGUGGUGCUGACCUCUUCCACCGACUGCACAGUGAGGCUCUGGACCACCGACGGAGAGUUCAUAGGGACGUUUGGACAGGCAGAGAGCUGGAGCAUCCACACGCCUUCUUCCUGGAAGCAUCCCACAAUCCCCUACGAGAUUCUGAUUGAUCCCCUGAGCAUGCCGACGCUCAGCAUUCCAGAAAGGCGCACCAGCAGUACCACCUCUGAUGUCAUCAACUCUGAUGACCAAACUGAGGCCAAAGAUGUUAAACCCAACUCAGCCAGCAAGCCAAGAUACCCUCCGCUGCACAUUAGUGACAGAGACAUCGAGGAGGAGAUCAAAAGCCUAAGUUACCCUUCAAAGCAGGGGAAGCGACUACAUCAUGAAAUAUUCAAGAACACCAACAAGCCACCGAACCAUGGCGGCCCCAAGGCCUACCACACGCUGAAGUGCUUCGACAUCGACGAUACGUCGACCGUCUGCAAAAAGCCCGAUCUCUCCCUGGCCGCGAUGGAUCCGUUCUUCUCCAGCAUUGCGGAGAAGGGGGGGCCUGCUGGAUCACAGUAACGCUUUGCCGAUCAACGUCUGCAAAUCUCCGCAGCUGUUGCAGUCGGCAGAACCACAGCCUCCCUGUAUCUGCCCCGGGAACAGGACUGUGGAGGAACAGCAUUCAGUGGACAAACGCAAAAAAAUGACUUUAACCGCAUUCGCUUCUGGGGCAGCGAGAAUAUAGGCUUUGCAGCCAAAGAAAACAAAAGCGCAACAUAAACAACUGUAUUGCGAUGGUGGCACAAAAAGCAAACUUAAAUAU